ACUUGGGGGGUUGUUAGCACCGCGGUGUCAGUCCACCAAGGAAGCUAUCCCAGGUUCAGUCUCGCAUCGGCCAUCCACGAGGUCGGACACGUUUGCCGGCUCUUGGCUUAACAUGUAGAGAAAAUUCUGUAAGCCGUAUGAGAUUCCUACGCGACCGGGUUGUCACUUCAGUUAACGAACGCUUUCGGAAGAUGAUUUGAAUUUGUUUGGUUAAGUGCGCGUGACAGUGAAAACAACGCUGAGUGCCUGAUCGACGAUGAUACUUAUCACGAAUGCAGUUACCCUUGUGUUUAUCAUCUACAUCGCAGCUAAGGGACUCUGUCAUGCGAAGCAAGAUAUCGAGGAUCUACGGCGUGGCUGCAGACUGGAGGGUUUGCAUCCGUUGCUCAUCGUCACCUACAAGAACAUCAUGGUUUUCGCGGAUAAGAUUACGGUGCCCCAUGGCGAGCGAGUAGCUCUGAGAUGUCGCGAACUUGGAAGAUACAAGCUAAUAGGCGACUCGGUGCUGCACUGUCGUAACAGCGUGUGGAACGGUACACUGCCAACUUGUAUUCCAACGACGGCCAUAUCCAACUACACUGAAGACGUACCGCCAACGAUACUUUUCGGAUUGCCUGCUGGUUCCGCAGCCGUCGACCCUUCUGGCGCUCUUGCAGUAUUCCCAGGAAGUAUCCUACACCUGGAGUGUCUCUUUGCCAGAAAACUAGGUAACCCAGAGUGGACGUGGACAUCUACCUUUCGACAAUAUUUAACUGGAUGGGCGAUAGCUGCCUCGGAAAGAGAUUGGAAAUAUCGUUUGUCGAUAUACUACGCGAAGGCCCAGGAUUCAGGGAUUUACACGUGCUCGACACCCAGAGGAUUGACUAACUCUAUACGGGUUCGUGUGUUAGACGUUCACUGUCCUAGUUUGCCAACACUGACGCCACCCUUGAUCGGCAAGAUAGAGGGUGCACGUAUGGGUCAAAGUGCUACGUUCGAGUGUCCCGAGGGACACAGGUUAGAGGGUGUAUCCAGUAUGACCUGUCAAUAUAAUGGACAAUGGUCAGCCAAGGUACCACAAUGCGUAGCCAUACUCUGCCCUGAGGUCAAGCCUGCCAACGUGAAGCUACAGCUUCUCGAGCACAACAACAGCUACGGCGGUAGGGUUGUUUUUGCCUGUAUGUGGGGACACAGACUCAGCGGAGCACAGAGCAUCAGGUGCGAUGGCGAUGGCACAUGGAAUGGUACCAUGCCAACGUGUUCGGAGAUCACGUGUGCACCGCCCUCGGCGCCAAGAAGCGGUCAGAUCGUCGAGCACGAGCGACCUUCCGGUAAGAAGCGUGGACGUGGACACAAGGUAGGCGCCUUGGUGAGAUUCGCCUGUCUGCCAGGUCAUCAGCUCCUAGGCGAGGCUUCCAUCAUCUGCACGGAAAAUGGCACGUGGUCGCAUCAACCCCCAGUUUGCGAGGUGAGAUGUCCUUAUCCCGGUGAUCCACCUCAUGGCAGGAUAGCGCCUCUCAAGUUCUGGUACAAGCCCGGUGACAAUAUACAGGUCACGUGUUCACCGGGAUACGUCACGCCCUUUGAACCUGUGAAGAAGCCAACCUGUCGUGAGAACGGUAUCUGGAGCGGACCACCACCUCCUUGUAGAUCCUACCGGGACGUUUGAUAAGUCCCGUGUACGCUGGGACUGCAUUGCGCCACUGAUGAUCGGCACCAGGAUGCCAGGGGAUCCAGGGCAUAAUUAAUUUGCCGGUAAUCCGGAGUGAAGUGGAAUCGAGUGUCAGUGGGGAAACUGAGUAUGGCGUAUACGUUUGGGAAGUACCUAAUGGCGGAACUGAUACUAAGAGGAACAAUCAAGACGCCCAGUGGAAGUUUCAAUUGUAUAUGAUGCUUGAUGAUAAGAGUGACAGCCAAGAAGGGAUUGGCUUCCCCUUUUAAUUCUUCAUGAUGAUCUUUAGAGAUUCGAGCUAAGGUUGUACCGAGGUCUGAGGUCUUAAACUGGUGCGUGGUUUUUGCCUGUUGCGUAUACUGACACGAGCACCAGAGGGGUCGUUGGUAAAAUGGCGGUGGUGCGUCAGCAGGAGAGAAAGAUUAAUUAAGCUCCUUGUAUCUCGCGCGUGUAAAUAUAAUUCCAGUGUGGUGUCAGUUGUGUAAAUUAAGUUAGACUAUUAGCCUACCACCUUUAUAUAUACAUAUAUGUUACCGCAUAUAUGUAUAAAGUACAUAAAUACGACAUACGUAGAACUUAGGAUAUACGAAGGUUGCAUUGGACGUUGGGGCAUCCUAUAGGAUUUAAUUAGCAAUCUAAUCCUAAGAGAUAUUUUAGAGUCUUUCCUUUCAUAUCGAUGUAUAAUAAAGGUACCGUUUAUUCUUUAAUAA